GCCCAGGCUGGAGUGCAGUGGCCGGACCUCAGCUCACUGCAAGCUCCGCCUCCCGGGUUUACGCCAUUCUCCUGCCUCAGCCUCCCGAGUAGCUGGGACUACAGGCAUGCACCACCGUAUCUAGCUAAUUUUCUAUUUUUAGUAGAGAUGGGAUUUCACCAUGUUGGCCAGGCUGGUCUCAAACUCCUGACCUCAAGUAAUCUGCCUGCCUCAGCUAUCACCUCCCUGAGGGAACAUAUUUUAUUCCUGUUAAUAUCACCAGUGCCUGACAGUCCCCUGAUCCCAGAAGAUGCUGGAAAAGUGCUGACAGUGACAGCCGACAGAGAUUAA